GAAAGCUACGUAAUCAAUUAAUCAUCAAUGCUGGGGCUGGACUUGAGGGGUAGGAUCCCAUAGUUGUUCAACCAAAGCAUAGCUCUCCAAAUCUUUCCUUCUAAUUUCAUUUCCCAAAUUGGGUUUUUUUAAACAUUUUCUUGAAUCUUGAAAAAGAAGAAGAAGAAGAAAAGAAAACGAAAGAUCCAAGAUUUCUUCAGCGGGAACUCUUGAUCGGAUCGCCAUGGCAGUUGCUGCAGAUGAAACAACACGCAUAUGUACUCACUGUGACAGAGCUAUCCCUUCUUCAAAUAUUGAUCUGCAUUAUGCACAUUGCUCUCGAAAUCUGGAGAAAUGUAAAGUUUGUGGUGAAAUGAUCCCAAAAAAGCAUGCUGAGGAACACUUUUUAAACACCCAUGCACCGGUCGCCUGUUCACUAUGCAGCGAGACAAUGGAACGUGAAAUUUUAGCCAUCCAUAAAGGUGAAAAUUGUCCCCAGAGAAUCGUCACUUGUGAGUUUUGCGAGUUUCCAUUGCCUGCUAUUGAUCUGGCUGAGCAUCAGGAAGUCUGUGGGAACCGGACAGAACUCUGUCAUUUGUGUAACAGAUAUAUAAGACUUCGAGAAAGGUACAGCCAUGAAAUUAGGUGCACCGGUAUCACAGAGAACACUGCAGGACCUUCCAGGGAUGUGAGGACAACCGAAAGAGGGCAAGGUGCUCCGAGAAGGCAGCCACCUGCAUUUUCUCGGAGGCGACUUCUGUUCACCAUUGCAAUCACGGGUAUUGCCGUCCUUUUAGGAACACUUUUUUUCCAGAAGAAGACAGGGGGCAACUGAGGAGCAUUAGCAGAAUAGAGGAUACACACCAGGCGUAUGUAAAUCAGCUUGAUACAUAUUCCAUUUCUGUAUCUGGAAUAGUCCGAGUAGUGUAGUUUUUGUUUCUUGGUUUAUAAAGUCGCACAGAUUAGACUGAUACUCUUCACUCCUUAAUUGCACAAAUCAAACUCAUUGUUCAAUUCUAUGUACCAAACUGCCAAUUAGGCUUUAAUUUCAGUUUAAGACUCGGAUUUUUUUUUUGAA